UAUCUUAAACUGCCCGAUUCUUUGAAGCUAAUUUGAGCUGAGCCGCCAUUAUCCAUGCUAUCUUCUUUCCACUGAACAGCCUGCGCUCUAUCGCCUACUUCUCCAACUCUCUCAAAACCUUCCAAAUUGCUAAAUGGAAGCUUUACAAUCUUCAUUUCUCUGCUCAACUCCACUGAAAACCCCAUCUCACAAACUCACCAAAAAACCCAAACCAAAACCCACCAUAUUCGUCUGCUCCGUCACACCAGACCCAUGGACACUCAGCGACGGCAACAACAAAAACCUAAACAAACCAAAGCCCAAAUCAAAACACGCCAAAAACCCACUUUCCGAUGACAACGCUCGUCGCAUUAUCAAAGCUAAAGCCCAAUACUUAAGCGCGUUGAGACGAAACCAAGGCUCACAAGCUAUGACUCCUAAAUGGAUUAAGCGGACGCCUGAACAGAUGGUGCAGUAUUUGGAAGACGAUAGAAAUGGGCAUUUGUACGGAAAACAUGUGAUUGCGGCUAUUAAGAGAGUUAGAAGUCUUUCGGGCAAAGCUGAAGGGUCAUAUGAUAUGAGGGAAGUGAUGAGUUCUUUUGUUACUAAGCUUACAUUUAGAGAGAUGUGUGUUGUGCUCAAAGAACAGAAGGGUUGGCGACAAGUUAGAGACUUUUUUGAUUGGAUGAAAUUGCAGUUAAGCUACCGGCCAAGUGUCAUUGUCUAUACGAUUGUCCUGCGUGCAUAUGGCCAAGUUGGGAAAAUCAAGCUAGCUGAGCAGACCUUUUUGGAAAUGCUUGAAGCGAGGUGUGAACCUGAUGAGGUUGCUUGCGGUACCAUGUUGUGUGCUUAUGCUCGAUGGGGACGUCACAAAGAGAUGAUGUCCUUCUUUUCUGCUGUUCAGCAAAGGGGAAUUACACCUUCAACUGCAGUCUAUAAUUUCAUGCUUUCAUCUUUACAAAAAGGAUCACUUCAUGAAAAUGUUAUUACUAUAUGGAAACAGAUGGCUGAAAAAGGGGUUGAGCCCAAUCAUUUUACUUUUACAGUUGUUAUCUGCUCACUUGUCAAAGAAGGUCAUGCUGAAGUAGCUUUUAAGACUUUUAAUCAGAUGAAGAGUUUGGGGUUCAUUCCAGAGGAGGCAACUUAUAGCCUUCUCAUCAGUCUGGUUUCAAAGAGUGGUAAUUAUGAUGAAGCUUUCGGGUUGUAUGAAGAUAUGAGAUCACAAGGGAUAAUCCCGAGUAACUUUACAUGUGCUUCACUUUUGACAAUGUAUUACAGAAAGGAGGAUUAUCCCAAAGCCCUUGCUCUGUUUGAGGAGAUGGAAAGGUAUGGCAUCAAAAUAGAUGAAGUCAUAUAUGGCUUGCUUAUCAGAAUAUAUGGCAAGCUUGGUCUCUACGAAGAUGCUCAAAAGACAUUUGAAGAAGUUAAGAAGUUGGGUGUGAUUAGUAAUGAAAAGACCUAUACAACAAUGGCUCAAGUCCAUUUAAAUGCUGGAAACUUUGAGGAAGCACUGAAUGUAAUGGACGAAAUGAAGUCAAAGAACAUAUUAUUUUCAAAAUUCUGUUAUGGUAUCUUGUUGAGGUGCCAUAUUGCAAAGGAAGACUUGGCAUCUGCCGAAGCUGUGUUUCAGGCUCUCUCUAAGACGCAAGGUCCUGAUUGUGGUUUUUGCAAAGACAUGCUCAAUUUGUACAUGAGACUCGGCUUAACUGAGAAAGCAAAAGAUUUUAUUUUCCAGAUAAGGAAAGUUCAAGUGGAAUUUGAUGAGGAGCUUCUCAAGUCAGUCGUGAAAGUUUAUUGCGUUGAAGGAAUGGUCAGAGAUGCAGUGCAGUUGAUAGGAGAGUUCAGUGCAAGCAAGGUAUUUGAAGAUUCUGUAUUUACAGAGACUUUUUCUGUGGCCAUUCAUGGAAAUGAUAGAUUUACCGCAGCUGAAAUUGCUUCCAAGCCCUUGGACCAACCAGGUGCCGUGGCUUUUGAGCUGGCCCUUAUCCUCUUUAUAGCAGAUGGAAAUACAACGAAGGCAGAAGAAACACUAUAAUUGUUGCUUAAGAGUACAAAUGGCCUGUCUGUUGCUUGUCAGCUUAUCAGAAAAUUCACCAUAGAAGGUGACAUUUCAAAGGCGGAAAACCUUCAUAACCUGUUAAUGAACCUGGGCAGAAAACCAGAGGAUGCUGCAAGUGCAUCCUUGAUAAAUUUUUAUGGGAAGCAGAAGAAAUUGAAGGAAGCUCUAAAUGUCUUUGAAUCUGUUGCAGACUCCUCGAGGACUGGAAGUCUUCUAUACAAUUCCAUAAUUGAUGCAUAUAAUAGAUGUGACAAACAAGAGGAAGCUUACAUGUUUUACAAGGAAGAGAUGGAGAAAGGGCAUUUUUUUGGUCCAGUAGCUAUUAGCAUGCUAGUGAAUGGUUUAUGUAAUUGCGGGAGAUAUGCUGAAGCAGAGGACAUUAUUCACAAUUCUUUGCGUGCUAAUUUAGAGCUUGAUACUGUGGCAUAUAAUACAUUUAUCAAGGCAUUGCUGGAAGCAGGUAAAUUGCGCUUUGCUACCAGAGUUUAUGAGCACAUGCUCUCCUCGGGUGUUGCUCCAUCAAUUCAAACAUACAAUACCAUGAUUAGUGUAUAUGGACGAGGAAGAAACCUGGAUAAAGCUGUGAAAGCUUUUGAUAUGGCUCAGAAGAUGGGCAUUUCUUUGGAUGAAAAGGCUUAUACCAACUUGAUAUGUUAUUAUGGAAAGGCUGGGAAAUAUGAUGAAGCAUCUAAUCUAUUCGCCAAGAUGCAAGAAGCAGGGAUAAAACCUGGGCAGGUGAGCUACAAUAUUAUGAUGAAUAUAUAUGCUGCUGCUGGACUUUAUCGAGAAGCUGAAGUCCUCAUGCAUAGCAUGCACACCAGUGACUGUUCACCCGACUCCUUAACCUAUCUCGCACUUAUUAGAGCAUAUACAAGGGGAGCAGAGUACUCAGAAGCUGAGCUUGCCAUUGAUUCUAUGCAGAAAGAAGGAAUUCCCCCUUCUUGUGCGCAUUAUAACGUGUUGCUAUCAGGUUUUGCAAAGGGAGGAUUAAUUGGAGAAGUAGAAAGGGUCUAUAAAAAUGUCAUGAACGCUGGACUACAACCUGACCUAGAGUCUAAUCGUAUUAUGCUUAGAGGUUACACGGACUAUGGUCACGUGGAGGAAGGCAUCUCCUUCUUUGAACGAAUUUCCAAGUCCGUAAAACCUGACCGGUUUAUAAUGAGUGCAGCUGUGCACUUGUACAGGUCAGCAGGCUUAGAAGUCAAAGCAGAAGAGGUGUUGAGGUCUAUGAACAGUUUGGGGAUUCCCUUCUUGGAAAAUCUUGAAGUUGGAUCAAGGUUGAAAGCUGCCUGAUUCAUCAGGAUAGACUCUGGAGUUGGACCAUUUAAUGGAUUUCUUGACGAGAUGAAAUCGAGGGUCUACCGGAAACAAUCUCUCUACUUUCUCAAGGUAGGGGUAAGGACUGUGUACACACUACCCUCCCCAGAUCACACAUGUGAGAUUGCACUGUGUUUGUUGUUGUUGACGAGACGAAAAUGCCAAAUGACAAUUAUAUCGUAUCAAGUAGGCAACUGUGUGUAGACUAGCAUGAAUACUGAAUACAAUAGUCAAAGAUAUACCAGGCAGGGAUGGAGCUAAGCUAAUAUUUUGUGAAGAAGUUGGAAUAACGUGCAGAGAGCAUUAUCUGAGUAUCGUCGUGCUGAUGGUCUUCUUACUGGGCGUGGUAACAUCCCAAGUCGGAAUAUGAUGAAUUCUGUUAAACCAAUUUUGAAGGCCUGAGAAAGUGUAAAUAGCAUUUGGUUUUUAAGUUUGUCUCUUUUACUGCUUAUACCGUAAAUGAUCAAGCAUUAUGUACAGACACUAGAUCUUGGUAAUAUUCUACUACUUGCAUAUUAAUACGCACUAACAAGUAUAUUUUACCAUAAUCACACGCAUUAGUUGGCUGUUAUAUUUUGUUGGAGGGGACAAGUCUGUUACUGGAAUAGUUAGAAAUUUGAUCGAGUGUA